AAAAGACUUCCUUUGAGCACUUUGUACGUGGCUUCUUAGCCGAAGACUGGGAUUCUGGGAGUUUUUACUGGGAUGCUCUUGUCUUGAGGAAAGAAAUUGCAUGUAUAUUGACAAUAUCUGAACGUCCAAUAACUGUAUUCUUCACACAUGUCUUUGAAUGUCGACAGAGAGCAGUAGCCAAUCCCGUGGAGGCUUUUUACUGCGGCUCUGUUAGCUUGACAGACUGCCGGUGCAGGAGCUACAGUAGGCUGUUCCCGCUGAUCAUCUACCCCGUUGAUCUGAUAUGGCGGAGAGCGGCUCGUCGGUUGAAAUCUCCGGCUCUCUGACGAGCUCGACUCUUCCGCCGCCGAGGACCCGCAUCUUCAAAAUCAUCGUGAUCGGGGACUCGGGUGUCGGGAAGACCUGCCUCACGUAUCGCUUCUGUGCCGGAAAGUUCCCCGACAAAACAGAGGCCACAAUCGGGGUGGACUUCAGGGAGAGGCUGGUCGAGAUUGACGGCGAGAAAAUCAAGAUCCAGCUGUGGGACACUGCAGGUCAGGAGCGCUUCAGGAAGUCCAUGGUGCAACACUACUACCGCAACGUGCACGCCGUUGUCUUCGUCUACGAUGUUACCAACGCUGCCAGCUUCCGCAGCCUCCCAGCUUGGAUUGAGGAGUGCAAGCAGCACGCACUGGGCACAGAGGUGCCGAGGAUCCUCGUUGGAAACAAGUGCGACCUCCAAGACUCCAUUCGGGUGGGCACAGACCUGGCGCAACAGUUUGCCGACUCCCACUCCAUGCCCCUGUUUGAGACGUCUGCAAAGAACCCAAAUAGUCAGGGAGACAGAAAGUAUGGCGGAGGAAACAGUGACCACGUCGAGGCUAUUUUUAUGACGGUGGCCCACAAGCUAAAAUCUCAGAAGCCUCUGGUACUGAGCCAGCCGUCAGAGGGAUCAGGGGCUACCAUCAGUCUGAGCAGGGGGAGGGAUGACAGGGGAGAUGGGGCCAGAAGCUGGGGCUGCAGCAGCUGCUGAGGGAGAAGAAUGCAGGGAAAGAGGGACAUGUGGUCAACCUGAUGCUGCACAAGUCCGAAGACGCUGAAGACGGAAAGAGUGGAAGUCUAGAGAGAAAGACUGGCUCCGGCAAAAUGGCUUCAUAAUCAGCACAAUACGUGGAUGGAUGCCCCCAUUAGAAAAGGAUACAUUUUCUUCUGAUGCUUGUGCUUAAUAUUAUAAAUGACUUCAUAUGGUGUUGAGGUAGUGUUCACCGUUGUUGUUUAGAAAAGUCAAAAUUGAUCACUGGCUCAUGGAAAUUAUCCUGAACAAGGGGCCAAAAAUCUGAUUCCAAAUCAGUUCUCCUCCUUCAAUGAUGAUUUAAUUUUUAAGCCACAGAAAUCUUCAUUCUUUUGUCUUCAUGGGUUCCUUGGCAACAGAAAACUCAGAGACACGGUGGCAUUAACAGAUAAGUGGUUUUGCAGAGGGAAGUGCCAUAAAAACGUCUUCCUUUACGAACCACCUUUACCGUGACCUGAUAGGAGAGCAGAAUCUGAUUCCCUUAUGCAGCCUUGUAAGGGCGGACACAAUCACGAAACACGUUGUAAUACAAU